GACCACUACUCGUUACUCACUUCUCGCUACUGACGACCCACGACCCGGACAAGAGUCGUCCACACUCAGUGCUCUUUGCUCAGCCCUCUCUGUGCUCGUCUCAGCGGCCUGGUUCUUCGUUAGUUCUCCUUCUCUUUGCUUCCCUACACCCACUCAAGGACUCAGCUGGCAUGAGUACCUCACCCGAUCAAAGCACCAAGAGGCCGAACGAGCGCCUCUCUAUCAUCGUCCAUCCGAGCGGCCAACCGGGCAACGCACCUCGAGUCCUCGUACCUUGCGAAGGCAGGGAGUGCACUGAUGCUCUACUAGCGAAUGGGACCCUCAACUCUAUGGCAGCUUCGAAGCCUGGGGACGACCCAAGCAAAGCGGGCGCUACAUUCGUUGCUUCUCCUAUCAGCAUCAACGGAGACUAUCGACGCCAGUCCAAGAUCAUCAACACCAAUGGCACUCCGACUGAAGCAGUCACUCCUAGCGAUGCCGUCAACCGUAUGAGUGUCGCAACAGCCACGGUUCUGUACCCUCCUCCACCCUCUUUGCCCUUGCGCAUCCAAGCACCUAUGCCAAUUACCCUAGUGCUCAGCCCCUGGCAACACCUCCUAUGGGUCCUCGGUCCGCUCUGUCUCGCCGGCGCCCUUGGAGCCCUCGUCGUCUUCCUCACCAACCACUUUCACGCCUCCUCCGCCGUCCACCUCGUAGUCAUUUCCGCCUACUUCUUCCUCUCCUUCCUCUUCCUAGGCUUUAUCGGAAUGGAGAUGAGGAGCUUUGCUCAGCGCAAGUGGAAGAAGAUGGUCAAGAGGGAGGAGCUGGGAAGGAGUGCGGGAGAGGUUUGGAGGACAGAACAGAUUCCACUUGAUGAGUGGCAGGAGUGGAGAUUGAGGAGACGGGAUACUGAGAGGAGUACUGGGACUGAUAGAAAAAUCAGGUCUUCGCCGGCGUCGAUCAAGAAGGAGGGAAUGUGCGGGGAGCCUUUGACAAGGGGACAAGGCCGUGACGUUGAGCUCGGUGCUGAUGGCUAUGAGGAGGCUGAUCAAACUGAUAUGUCUGGCAAGGAAGACGCCAGCUGGGCACGAGCCUCCUACCAGUCGCGACACUCACUCGACAAUGGCUCUCUCAGCGCUUCAACUCGUGCAAAUGCCUCCACCGGACAUGCAAAUGUCGACACAAGCGAUCACAGCACCCACCGCUACGCACACAGCGUCACGGAUGCCGCAACCAUUGCUCCUUCCACCCGCCUCGGUACGCAAAGCUCACAACGAGCACCCACUUUGACCAACGGCAGAGCAGGCUCAGCCGGAGGCUCCUCUGCUUCAGUCAUGGCGCAGAAUGCAGCCACUGUCGCUACCCGCUCUCAGUCAUCUUCCAGAGGUCGCUCCCGAAGCCCAUCCAAGACGACGGCGUACACUUACGAACUGAGUAAAGUCGCCAAUGCCAGCACGAGCGCAAGUGUCAGCGCGUCCUCCUCUGCUGCUACCAAGGGCAGGGGCGCUACGGACGAAACGGCCGUUGAGGUAGGGUCUGCUCACAUCAGUCGAAGAAGCAGCCUCAAGAGUGAGGCGCGACAAUUCACCGUUACUGGCGCUGGCGUAGUCGCUGGUAUGCCUGUCCCCACUUUGGCUAAAGAGGCGACCCUCAAGGCUAUUCCUAUGGCUAGACCUGCAGCGCCUUGGAAGAUGCCUGUCAACAUGCCCAAUUCUGGUUCUGGCUCAGCCAACGGCAACGGCAAUGGCAACACCAGCAGAACACAGCAGGCCCAAAUCGUUGCUGCUGACCGUGCUCAGAUCUACCAAGGCGCAGCUCAUCACCAGGUCUCCUACCAACAACAGCAACACAAGCAGCAGCAGCAGCAGACCCGGACUCAGACUCACACUCAGGGCAAACCAUCAGAAGAGCGCUACCACCACCCCUUUCCACGCGUUGUCUCUACCAGCGAAGGAGACGCAUUUGCCGAUGCAGAAGAGAGCGCUGAUGCCUCUUUGAUCGCCAGAGCGAGGGCGGUAGCUGCGAGGGCUAAGGAAAGACGAUGA